GUUACACUGUUUACUCCUAUCAUAAUAGCGCCAGUUGACAGUUAACUUGGUUGCUGUUCAGUUCGAAAUUUCUUAUUACUUGCCUGUGUUUAAUAAUAAUUGUGUGUGUGUUUUCUGGGAUAUUAAGUCUUUACAUAGGCUUGGACAUAAAUAUUUCAAUUGAUAUUAGAUUGUAAAAUCUUGUUUGUUAAAAGUGAAUUAUCAAAAUGGCAACAUCUGGAAUUUCUAGAAAUUCUGAUGUGGUUAAAUAUUAUUGUUGUACAAUCUGCGAGACAGAGCGGUCUGUAGAAGUAGAUGCAGAUUUUUACUGUAAAAAAUGUCUUAAAUACUUCUGCAGAACAUGUAUAAACUCCCACAGACAGCAUGGUAGGUGGUUUUAUAAAAAAUCUCCUUAUGGAAAGGAUAAAAUAAUGAAGUGGCCACUUUCUAAGAAGAUAGAGAAUUAUCUUUUAGCAUGUACCAUACACAAGGAUGAAAAGUUGACAACGUACUGCGCGGACCACAGUCAGCUGUGCUGCUCUAAAUGUGUUGAGCUGAAUCACAGCAAGUGCAGUAAAGUGACCCUGAUUCCGGAGCUGACCAACACACAGCCCACAGACCUACAGGGACUGUCAGUAAAGCUGGAAACUGUUCUGGGAGAAAUCAAAAGCCUACAGAUAAAUCAGGAGGCCAGUGUUCAGUCAUUGCAGAGAACAUACAAGGAACAUGGGGCAGUCAUGAUAGAACAAUUGCGUGGCAAUUUAAAUACUAAUAUAGAUAAGUGUUGUAAUAGUUCUGUGGGUACAUCGGGACAAAAUUUAAGAGAAGAAAUGUGUUGGAGUGUUCUUUCUAUCUUGAAUGAAUUUGAUAAUAUUACUGUGAAGGAACUAAACGAGAUGAAAGAUGAAGUUAUAAGCAUUAAAGGGUCAGUUACAAGUUCUAUUCAUAAAUGCACCAGUGUUCACAAUGACUUGUCACAAUUUCAUGAAAUUGUUCAGAAAAUUGGAAAUCAUAAGGAGCUCUGCCUUAUAGCCAGCAUAAAAUGUAAGCAUAUAAUACAGCAGGCACUGACUCUGCUGGGAAAGUCAGGCAAGGUGUUUAAUGUCCAGAGUAAUAAUAAGCACAAUGUGAGAAUACCAAGUGAUUCAGAUGUAUGUUAUAUCAAAGGCAUAUGUGUUCUGACUGAAGGGCAGGUGCUGGUCGCAGACUAUAAUAAGAGGUUCAAGCUGCUGAACCAGCAGUACCAGGUGGUGAGUCACUGUGAUGUGACUGAAUAUGUAAGUGACAUGUGUCAGAUCACACCCAGUGAAGUUGCAGUGGCUCUGGAUGAUAAUGCUAGCAACACACAUAAUGUCCAGUUUAUUACAGUCACCCAGAGCCAGCUCACUCUUGGUAGGAAGCUUGAGUUACAACAUGAAUGUAGUGGUAUUGCCUGCCAUCAGGGAGAACUGUUUAUCUGCUCUGAUACUGCUCUGUACAAGUACACACUAUAUGGCAAACAGCUCUGCAGACUCUAUGAAGCUUUGGGUUAUAAUACAGUAAACAGGUGUGCUGUGAGUCCCACAGGGGACAGGCUGUACAUCACCUGCUACUGGCCGCACAAGCUUCUCACCCUGGCCAGGGAUGGCACACUCCUGGCUACAUACUCAGACCCAGCACUAGAUUGCCUACGUGGUCUACAUGUGACCCCUGCAGGCCAGGUGCUGGUCUGUGGAUACCUGCCCUACACUGUACGACAGGUGGGCUGGGAGGGAAAGAGUAAGCUGGCUAUGCUGGCUACUCAGGAGGAUGGAGUGUGGAGCCCAGCGUCAGUCUGCUACAGCAGCACAACAUCCUCCAUCAUUGUGGGACAGUGGAGGAACGACUUCAUCUGGGUGUUCAGAGUGGAAUAGUGUGUACAUUUGCUGCUGGGUCGGGACAACGAUGCUGAGGAUGUGGGGGACAAGCAUGACGCAGAAGGAGAGCACUAGCAUUGAUAUUGAGUUGGCAAAGCAACAGCACCAGUCUGGCCUGCAGAAACCCCUAUACAAAACAAUCCUUUUCCUCCCCUGAUCCCUAGCUCCUCCCACUGGACCUCCGGCUUCAAAGGGUCAGCAUCGUUACACAAGUCUGUUCUGCAAUAAAUCCUCAGCACGUCAAGUUUUCACGCGCUGUUAUGAACAACCAAAAUGUCCGCGUCGAGAUUUCCCCAAGCAAGCCCGAGUAGUUUUGUUUAGCUCUUGUGCCAGAGUGGGAUGAGUGUUACAGAAGCGAGACGUUAUAGCAGUACUUAUGGUAACGCUUACAGUUAGUUCUUGCUGUGGACAUCACGAAGAAUCUCACGAAGGAUUAAACGUUGAAUAGUUUGUUUAAUUCUUUAUAAGACAGCUAUAUAUUCAGCAAGGAACGAGAGAAAAAAAGGAACAAUUGAAAUGAUUCAUUCAGAAGUAUAUCUGCUGUAGAUAGUUAGGACAGUAGUAGCGUUACAGACUGUCCUCAGCGCACAAUAUAUUCAUGUUGUGCACCACAGACGCAAAUUCCCCCCAUUAUUGAAAACAAGUUGCUAAAAGUAAACACAUCCGGUUAUGUACUCCGAGCCCAAAGGGCAUUGCAUUGAAUUGGGACUAAAGAAGGCUAAAAAACAUGACACCAGUUUUGUUGUAUGCUCCAGUACACCCUUCGACUCUCAGUCCGAAGUUAAUCAGAACUCAAACUCGGCCCUUAACAAUAUCCGCGAGGCCAGCAUAUCAGCUCAGCUUCUGAGCUUCAGAAAGGAAGUGUGCUGUGAGUCCCACAGGGGACAGGCUGUACAUCAUUAACAGGGACCAGCACAAGCUUCUCACCCUGGCCAGGGAUGGCACACUCCUGGCUACAUACACAGACCGAGCACUACGUGGCCCAGAGAGUCUACAUGUGACCCCUGCAGGCCGGGUGCUGGUCUGUGUAUGGGGGUCCAACACUGUACUACAGGUGGGCUGGGAGGGAGAGAGUAAGCUGGCUACGCUGGCUACUCAGGAGGAUGGAGUGAGGUACCCAGGGUCAGUCUGCUACUGCAGCAAAACAUCAUCCAUCAUUGUGGGACAGAGGUGGGACAACAACAUCCUGGUGUUCAGAGUGGAAUAGUGUGUACAUUCGCUGCUGAGUCAGGACAACGAUGCUCAGGAUGUGGUGGGCAAGGAUGACCUGACUACGCAGAAGGACAGCACCACCAUUGAUAUCAAGUUGGCCCAGCAACAGCACCAGUCCGGCCUGCAGGAGCCCCAGUCCAGGACGACCCAUCCACUCCCCUGACCCAUUGCUCAUCAUACUUGAUAUCCGGAAAAAUGGGGCCUAAUGCAUGUGCUUAAAUUGUUGUCACAGAUAAGCCUGUGCAGUUUGCACAGGCUAAUAAUGGACAACACUUUCCUCUUAAAGCAGAGCACCAGCAUUGAUAUCGAGUUGGCCCAGCAACCGCACCAGUCCCGCCUGCAGGAGCCCCAGUCCAGAAUGACCGUUCCCCUCCCUUGACUUCUAACUCUUCUUCCUUGACCGCCUGCCUCAAAAAGUCAGCAUCGUUGAACAACUCCGUUCUGCAGGAAAUUCUGAGCAUAAUUCUGUUCUGAACAAACGCAAUGCCCACGUCACGUUUUCCAAACAUAAGCCUGGGUAGUUUUGUUAAGCUAGAGUUCCGCGUGGGCCUGAAAGGGACAAGUGUUACAGACACGCAAAGUUAUAGCAGUAGUUAUGGGAACGCUAACAGUCAGUUGUUGCUGUUGGACAUCACAACAAAUAUCAUGAAGAAUAAAAAGUUCAAUUACUUGUUCCAAUCUUUAUGGGACAAACAGAAAUUGAACGGAAGAAAAUCAAGGUACAAUAAAAGCGUAAGCUUUCCUAGUGGGAUACAUCUGCUAUUGAUAGUUUGAACAACAGUAGGGUUACGGACUGCCCCAGAUUGUCCUCUCAGCGGCCUGAAUAUCAUAAUAGAACGGACUUUUGGCAAUAUUUCUGACAAAGAAAGGCAAUAAUGACUUGGUUGUGAAUACCCAGAGCACGAUACAUCCAUGCUGACAAAGAACCCGGUAAUGACUUGGUUGUGAACACCCAGAGCGGGAUACAUCCAUGCUGACGCAGUAAGGCAGUAAUGACUUGGUUGUGAACACCCAGAGCACAAUACAUCCGUGCUGAUACAGAAAGACAGUAAUGACUUGGUUGUGAACACCCAGAGCACAAUACAU